CGACUGCAACAGCACACGCGGUAACAGCAGUGAUAGGAUCAGGUGUGCUAGCAGUGCCAUGGAGUGUUGCUCAGAUGGGUUGAAUUUAUGGGCCACUUUCUCUCUUUGGUUUUGCUGUUAUUACUUACAUUACUGCCCGUUUACUCUGCGACUGUUAUCGGACUCCUGACCCUGUCAAGGGCCAGAGGAACCACUCUUACAUGGAAGUCGUACGAGCUACCUUAGGUGAUCAAACGAGCAUCUCACUACUAUUACAAUCUUAAUUAGAAUGAAAUUAUUGAUGUUUAAAUGUUACAGGAAAAAAAGAGGUGUUUAUCUGUGCUUUUGCUCAGUAUUCCUUGCUUUGGGGAACAAUUGUUGGUUAUACAAUUACAGCAGCAACAAGCAUGUUGUCUGUUAAAAGAACAAACUGCUACCACACAGAAGGACCAGAAGCUGAUUGUCAACCAUCAAGCAACUCUUUCCUGCUAAUUUUUGGGGCAAUACAUAUUGUACUCUCUCAACUUCCUAGCCUCGAGAAGGUGACUUUCCUCUCAAUAAUCGCGGCCACUAUGUCACUAUGUUACUCUUUUGUUGCACUAUAUUUAUGUGUAGCCAAAUUCGUGUCUCAUCCCGAGCUUAGAGGCAACCUAACUGGUGUCGAGAUUGGGACAAAUGGCCUCACUUUGUCCUCUAAACUCUGGCAAUCUUUUCAAGCUCUUGGAAAUAUUGCCUUCUCUUACACCUAUGCUCAGUUGCUCAUUGAGAUUGAGGACACGUUAAAAUCGCCUCCAGCUGAGAAUAAAACGAUGAAGAGGGCAGCUUUGUACAGCAUUGCAUUGACUACCGCCUUUUAUGUUUCCUUGGGUUGUAUGGGAUACCUUGCCUUUGGUAAUGAGGCUCCAGGAAACGUUCUCACUGCCUUCCAUGAACCCUUUUGGCUAGUUGACCUUGCCAAUAUUGGGGUGGUUAUACAUUUAACUGCAGCAUUUCAGGUAUUUGCACAACCAAUAUUUGCUAGCUACGAGCAGGGGCGGACCCACCUUUAGUCAUAGUGGGUCCGGUGACACAGUAUUUUUUUUAAAAAAUAAAAUAUCAAAGAGACCACUUAUUAUAGAUAAGG